AUGGAAGAAAUUAUUGGUAAACUAAGAACCCAAGAAAGCAUCACGCAUAAAAUAGUAGAGAACCAGACGUCAGUUCUGGAUACCACCAUCAACAUUAUGCGGAGGACGACGAUCGAAACGCAGAAGAGGAUGCAGGACCUAGAAGUCAGCCUGUCCAGAAUCAAGGUGAGAAGCCAUGCGGCUGAUCGGUAUCUGCCACAUGCAGUUUCAGAGUUGGUCGUCGUGGCAAGUCACAUUCGUCGAGUCCAGGAUGCUGUAUUAAAUGUGCUAAUCGGGGCACACGAAGGAAAAUUGAGCCCUGCAUUGGUGUCGGUAGAACAAGUGAAACAGGUGAUCACAAAAAUACAAACACACCUUCCACCGGGAAGACGAUUACCCAUCACAAGUAAGACAGCACGAGACUUAUAUCGACUGGCGACCACAAGGGUACAAGAAACCGAGGACUUACUAAUGUUCCAUACGAGUGUUCCAUUAGUCGAAGAAGGCGAAUUCACAGUAUAUCGGAUGGAGUCAAUUCCACAAAUAACGAGAGAAGUCCUGGUGAUAACCAAGACGGAAACAAAAUAUCUAGCAGUCGAUGAUCAUCGGAAACACCACUUUGCGAUCAAUCAAGAAUACCUCAGUCAGUGUAUCAGCGGGACGAACGGAAAUAAGGUAUGCGAGUUUAAGCAAACACUAUUGGGCCCGGACGCCCAUCAACUCCCUUGUACGAUGGCGGCACUAUCAAGACAUCGGGCAAGGGAAUGUAAGCCAGAACCAAUCAAGGGGACCAGUUAUUGGGUUCAAUUAACAGAGCAGAAUGCAUGGAUCUUUGGGACAACGAAGCCAAUAACAAUGACCUAUGUAUGCUCGGACGAAAAAGAUCAAAUCAUCAUCGACGGCGUAGGCAAGCUGACAAUCAGGCAAGAUUGUGUGAUCCAAAGCCCGACCAUUACAUUGUUGGGGCGGGCGCAGUUUAACUCAUCAGGAACAAUAAGGAUGUCAGGAAGUUACGUUCACGAGUGGCCAUCACAUGAAAAAAUAAGGACAACAGAAGGACAGUUGGAAGCAACAUUAGAUCAGCUAGACCAUCUACAUGCAGAGGUGCAGGGGCUAAAAACAUGGACAAAGCAAGCACAGGAAGAGGUGGACAACGAGGCAGACUGGAAUCUGGUUCAUCAAUAUUCCGGAGUAAUAAUGUCAGGAGUAGCAAUCCUCAUAGCCGCAUGGGCAGGGUACACGCGGUGUGCCCGGAAGGACACCUCAGCAACCCAUCACCGGAGGACGACAAUAACCCAAGGAGAAGAAUUCCAGCUGGUCGAACAACGACCCGGGCUGGACAUGUUGGCAAGAGAUGGACACCACAAGAGGACACCACGGCCAAACGGUCGAAACUGGACAAUAAUGAGAUCGCGAUUCUCCAUUCCCAGAGAGGCGGGGGUACCGCGGCGAGGAAGAAUGCGGCCAUAG